AGUCAUGCUGUGGCUGGCAUGGUUGUAUCUUCUCUAUCUACAGAGUGGAGCUCUUGGUUUUGGUGUAAACCCAUUUCCUGGAGACUCUUUUAAUCAUCAAACAAUCACUGAAAGAGCACUCCUGAAUGUUACAGCUCAGGUCUGCAGAGCUCUGGCUCUGGCUGAGGGGAGGGACUUCACUUUUCCUGCCCAACCUUUCACUGCCAAGUCCAUUGCUAAUGCAUGUGAAGCUUCAAAGUCAUCCAAGUCUUUCCUUUCCAACGUCUUAUUCAUCCGACGUAUGAAUGCAGCAAUAGAUUUACGUCAACUCCUUGAUGCCCGUUACCACUGUGAUGAUGAGCUCAUCAUAGAAGGACAGAGGCUCAUCACAGAUGGUUUGUUAGCAGUAAAGGCUGCCAACAAGAUGCAAAAUUAUUUGGUAGCAAGGUUGAUCCUGGCAGGGAUACUCCACACCUUACAGGAUUUCUACAGUCACAGCAACUGGGUUGAAUUAGGAAACAAAUUUCCAAACAUAAAUAUGAUCAGAAAGAACGCCAACAUUGGAAAAAUUGCAGCUAAAACCACUGCAACCUGUCGUAGCUGUAAUGGGGACGACUGCAGCAACAACAUUUUGGAGGAUAUAAUAGCAGGAAAUAUUUUGACAUCUGGAUACUUUGUUGUUUGGCCUUUGUCUGGGAACAAACCGAAAGGAAAGUGCAGCCAUGGGGGUUUCUUUGAUGCAACAAGUUCAGUUGAGCCUAAAGGUGGGAUCAACAAAGAUUCCUACACCUCCAGCCAUGGAUAUCUUCACAGGGAAGCAGCAGAGCUGGCAAUAUCUGCAACCAGUCAGCUUCUGGAGGACAUUCGAGGAGCUACUGGGGACAGAGAAUUCCUUCAGUUGAUGGGAAUCUCAAAGGGAUCAAGUAAGGCUCUGUGUUUUGUGGUGGACACAACUGGAAGUAUGGGUGACGACAUUGCAGCAGUACGGAACGUCACUUCAACUAUCAUUGAUAGUAAGGUUGGAACAGAGGAUGAGCCUUCAUUCUACAUUCUUGUACCUUUCAACGAUCCAGGUGAGUUCCUAGAACUGCAAUUCAAAAUCCUGUACAAUAAAUCAUAUGUUCUGUUCUGA